AGGAGCGGCCCCGCCCCGGCUGGGGGGGAGGGGCCGGCGCUACUCCGGAGCUGAGAGAAGGGGCCGGGCCGCGGCUCAGGGAGAGGAGCCUGGGGCCAGGCCAGGAGCAUGGGAGUGAGGAUGGAGAGCGGCAGCAGGAGGAGCCCAGUGAGCGAAUACCCAGCCAUUCCCAGAUAUGGUCCAGCAAGCCCAUUUAAAGGACAUUUAAGUACUCAGAGUAAUGGUGAUGAAGAAGCUAUGGCUCCCAUUGAGCAGAGCACUUAAGCAUAUGUAUAACUUUAAGAUUCUUUUUGCAUUGACUCCUCCCGGAGACUAAAUAACCAGUACCUGAUCAGGGAUCACAUGGCUGUUCAUUAUAACAAAAUCCUUUCAGCCAAAGCAGCCGUAGACUGUUCAGUGCCAAAAAGCAGGUUAACCAGCAUCAAAUUUGCAGACCAGCAACGGAGAGAGAAACUCAAGAAGGAAAUUGCCAGGUGUGAGAAGGAGAUGAGCUCAGCAAAAAAUGCCUCACGGUCCAGCUCCAGAGGGAACAGGAGACCACUGUUAUCCACUUUUGUAAAGAGUUCAUUUGAAGCAGAAGCCAAUGACCAGCUAUCUCCUCAUGCACAAAAUGCACAGAAGCAUUUGUCUAGAUCAUUAUUGUCUUCAGACAGGCAAGGCUUGGAUCUUCCCAACCCUGCAAAAUGUUUUAGAAAAGAUACUCGGAAAACAUCUAAUGCCUCGAUCUCUAAUUCAAGUGUCAGUUUUUCAAGUCCACAAAGAAAAUACUCUGGAGUUUCAUACAGUUCUUCUGCUGAAAGUGUUAUGAACAUCAGUCCUUCUCACAAGCAUCAGGAUACUGAAUCCAAAGUGUACAGCGGGGAUCUCCUGGAUAGGCACUCUGACCACUUUACUGAUAGCCAUCAACCGUUCACUCCACGCACCUUAAAAUCAGAUGCUAAAUCCUUCCUGUCACAGUAUAGGUAUUACACACCUGCUAAAAGAAAAAGGAAGGACCCCUCCAAGCAGCAGGUGGAAGCAGAAACACAAACGGACUUGAGCAGUUUUCAAUCUGAGGCCAGAGAACCUGAGAGAAAAGAUACUACCAUACUGCAGAAGAUCAUAACACAGGCUGAAGUCACGUCUGCUCCAGAUGAGUCUGAGGGAAGGAUGGAUGCUUUUCAGUACUCCUUGCCAAGCAUGACGUCCAUGUAUUCUAUGGAAUCCUCAGCAAUGAGAAAAAUCCAGGCUGAAGAAGAAGAGCUUCGGUAUUUGAGUUUCAUUGAAGAUGUAACAGAUGAAAUUCUGAAUCUUGGAUUAUUUUCCAACAGGGUUUUGGAGAGAUUGUUUGAGCGUCACAUAGAGCAAAAUAAGCACCGUUUGGAUGAGAACAAAAUGCGCCACCUACUGGAUGUCCUCAAAGUCGACCUGGGCUGCAACACAGAAAAAUCUGAGAAAGUCAACGGCAGCAAGGAAGUGAUUGACCCAUUUGAUCUGGAAAGAUUUGAGACCUUGGACCAGCUCCAAUUUACCAGCAAAAAUUGGAAACAAAAUAAGACUACAAAAAGUGAGGUGUUCCUAAAAGCCAUGGAUUUAUUAUCAAAGGAGACAAACAACCUAAAACACCCCUUACACAGUGAAACUUCAAAGCAGAUGCAUGACAAGGAUAUCUUUUCAAAAGAUAUAACUGAAGCGGUGAGUGUUGGAACAGAUCCUUACUCUUCAGUGCAAUCUGAAGAAGCCCCAGAUAUUUCACACACAUUUGAGCCAACACUGAACUCAAUCACGUGCGACAGUGACUUUGAAUCAAAUAAGGAACUUGAUGAUCUUGAGGAAAACUUUGCAGAGGCCCUUCAAAUUUCCUCUAUGUAAAGUAGUAGACAAGAACUAGCUGCAGAACAGGACAGUAGACUGUUGCAGAGAGCUGACGUUUGUUAAAUAAAUGCUAGUGAAUCAUUCAUUUUA